AUGCGAUGGAUCGCCUCACGAUGGUCGACCAAUCCCUACUACGCCCUAGUGAUUGCUGUCAUUGCUUGUGGCGGGAUUCCGAAAGGAUAUGAUGAGGGUGGCUAUAGCGCUAGCGUCUCCCUUCCCUCCUUUAAAUCCGACUACAACCUCAUCGAACACUUGGGGGGCGACGAUACCGAGCUAGCUAAUCGGAAAGCGAACAUCACCUCCUUCAACGUCCUAGGCGCAGCACUUGGUGCGCUGAUAGUCCUCGAUCUGAAUGAUCGACUGGGGCGUUUGGUGGCAUGGCGCCUAGGAUGCAUCGUGUGGGCGAUGGGGACAUUGAUCCAAAUAUUCGCGUCCGGUAUAUACGGACUGCUCUUGUUUAGUCGCAUAUGGGGCGGGCUCGGCGCGGGUGCUCUAACGGUGACCGCCCCGAUGUAUUUAGCCGAAAUAGCCCCUGUUAGGACGAGAGGUCUGGUGGUGGGGAUAUACAUGGUAGUUUUACUGGCCGUUCUGGCCAUGGGAUUCUUUAUCAACUAUGGCGCCAGGAUCCACAUGGCGGCCACGCGAGCCCAAUAUCGCUUAGUUCAGGCCGUGCCUUUGAUCCCUGUCGGCAUUGCCUUUGGUCUGUCGUACCUUUGUUCCGAGACUCCUCGGUAUCUUGUUUCAAAACAGCUUCACCAGGAAGGACUGGAGGCUCUGGCACGGCUACGUGGCAGGGCCAUCGAUGAUCCCGAUAUCAUAAAGGAGUUCGCAGCUAUCGAUGCACGGGAGCGUGAGCGAGCCACAGACCUAGCAUCUGGCUCUCAUUGGACCAUAUUUAAAGAGACACAGACGGACCCGAAUUACCGACAGCGCUUCUGGCUGCUAAUUGCUAUGCAAACUAUCGCUCAGUGGACCGGCGGGAACGGCAUCACAUACUACGUAACGACCAUAUUUCAGUACGCCGGCGUAACAGGUGACGCAUCAUCCCUCGUCUCCUCUGGCGCAUACGGGAUAGUUAAACUAAUCUUCACGAUGGCCUUCACAUGGGGUCUAAUCGAUCUCUUCGGCCGACGCCGCUGCACCCUCGUUGGACUAAGUCUGCAGCUAUGCGCGCAUAUCUACACCGCUAUAUACAUGGGCCUGCGUCCAGGCUCAGCAGAUAAUAAAAACGCCUCCAAUGCAGCCAUUGCUUCGGUCUUCAUCUACGCCGUCGGCUGGUCCAUCGGUCUAUGCACAGUGCCUUAUCUGUACGGCACCGAAAUCUUUCCAACGCGCAUCCGAAAUGUCAGUUAUGCGAUUAGUAUGGCUCUGCACUGGCUUUUCCAGUUUGCUGUUGUCCGAGUUACCCCGAAUAUGUUCGUCUCGCUUGAUGUCUGGGGUGCUUAUCUCUUCUGGGCGCUUAUUUGCUUUUCUGGGCUGAUUAUUCUUGGGAUUUGGAUGCCUGAGACGAAGGGCGUUCCUAUUGAGCGGAUGGGGGAUCUGUUCGAUGGGCCGUGGUACUUGCGGUGGCGGGCUAAGCCGAGGGAGUGGGAUGUUGCUUCGUCGACUGAUAUGGCGGAGAAUGUUGAGUCGAAGGAGGGCCAUAUCUUGAAGUCUGGUGUGUCGGUCUCAUGA